AUGUCCGCCCCGUCUAUCCACGCCGACGCACCGCCAGAGGUCGUGAGAGACCCAGAGGGACUGCAAUAUGAAACGGGACCGCAGCUGGGAAAGGGCGGCUUCGCCAUCUGCCAUCGAGCGAAGCUGCUGGGGCAUGAGCAUCUCGGCAACACUACAGUCGCUUUGAAGAUCGUCAAGUCCAAAAUGGAGCCACCCAAACUGGCGCAAAAGUUUGUGACAGAACUGCAGAUACACUCGAAGCUAGCCCAUCCGAACAUCGUCGAAUUCUACCGCGCCUUCUCCUUCAGACAGAGCACCUAUGUUGUCCUCGAGCUUUGCGAGAAUGGCUCUCUCGCCGACGCGAUCAAGAAGCGAAAGUAUUUUACCAUGCCUGAGAUCCGGCGAUUCAUGGUCCAAACCUGCGGGGCUAUCAAAUAUCUCCACCAGCGGAAUAUCGUGCAUCGGGACCUUAAAACUGGCAACCUGUUCCUGGACCGGGACAUGAACAUCAAGGUUGGAGACUUUGGGCUUGCCGCGCUGCUCGUCUCUCAGAACGAUUACGGCGCCAUCCGUCGGACAACCAUGUGCGGCACACCGAACUAUCUGGCACCAGAAGUACUAGAGAAGACCGGAAAAGGCCAUGACGAGAAGGUCGACCUGUGGGCUAUUGGCAUUAUGAUGUACACCCUCGCCGUAGGCAGGGCGCCCUUCCAUGCUGCGAAACGGGAAGACAUCUACAGGAAGCUCAAGGCGCGGGAGUAUUCAUGGCCGGACCUGGCCAAGUUUUCGAACGAGAUCACGGACGACCUACGCGACGUUGUCUCGCUUCUGCUGGUGCACGAAGACGAACGGCCCACCCCGGAUCAAAUUGUCGCUCAUCCGUUCUUCAAGCUGGGACAUAUACCCUUGCAGUUGGAUGGUACAUGCACCUCGCGCGUUCCCAAGUGGCCAAAGAUACGGCCACCCUCCGCCACAACGGUCAAAAGGGGAUAUACGGAAGAAUGGUGGACGCUGUGCAAGGCAUCCGCCGUGGGCGAGUAUGAGCCAGGUAAGGCCUUUGGAGCCUAUGGCAGCAGGAGGAACAAGACAGUGGCGAGGGACUGUCAGAAAGAAAUCGAAUCCGGGAAACAGCCGUGCAUACCGUUUGCGAAGGACAUUGUGUAUCUUCCAUUCCCAGAACGCGUCCACUGGCCCUUUCAAGGAGCCGGUGCUCUAAGCGACAUUACAGAGGAGAAGGACUCAUCCUCGGAAGGUCAAGCUCUCGUCGAGACGACCGGAAAUGACCGCAGCAAAGGUCGCCCGCCUCGAAGCAUGAGGAAAGCAGAACUAUUGCCAACACUCAAAGAGAAUGCGGAGCCCGCGCAAGAAAGUCAGACGGUCCGACGAGUGGUGGACAAGCAGCCGACGCGAAUGAGGACCGUUCGAAAGAUCUCAAAUCCGGGGCGAGUAACGGCAGCCACGGCGCCUGCAACCGUGCCUUUGCGGGUGCCAAAGGAAACCCGCACAAUCCCACGCACUAGAUCGACCAAGGAUGUGCCGAAAGAGAAGGAAGUACCUCUUGCGGAAGUUCCCCCAUUGCGGGUCGCGAAGAGCAGUUCUAGGACGGUUCAGAAGUCGGACCCGCCAGUACCUCAGCCAUCGGCACCUCCUCCGUCAACUACGCGGAGCGCGCCCCGGUUCCGCACAGUGAGCACAGAGCUUCCCGCAACUGAUCCUGUAGCGGUGCUCGCGCGUCUCUUCACCUUUCGAGAUAAUUUGGCACGGGCUCUCGACAGGAAACCGUCAUACUCCAGACGCGAUAAGCCCCCACAGCUGCCAUUCGUAUCGAAAUGGGUUGACUAUUCUCGAAAAUACGGCGUCGGAUACGUAUUGGACGACGGUAGCGUGGGGUGCUUAACGACAGCCACAGAACAAUACCCAGUGACUAUCGCCUUCUCCACCGACGGAUUCCACCAUUUGAAACAGCUCUCCAAGAACCAGGACUAUGCGGAAAACAUCCCGAUCGAGUUUUAUGCAGCUCCGAGGAAAACGAAAGGACUCUCCCGCAUCCAAUUGACAGAUCAACGCCGUAUAGAUGAUAUUCGGGGAUACUGGCAGAAGUUUGGGAGGUACAUGUGCAUGCAGUUGGGCAACGAAGACUGGCCCCGGAAGGACGCUCAGCGCCCCAACUUUGUGAAAUUCUACCAGCGGCUUGGGAACGUCGGAAUCUGGGGGUUUGACGAUGGUUCCUUUCAGAUCAACUUCCCGGAUCACACCAAGCUGGUGCUGUCCUCGGACGCUGGGUACGGCAAGUUCGUAUGCUUGCCGUUGGACGCUACGGCAGCUCUGAAGGAAACGGGCGAGGUUCCAUGGAGGCACGUCAAGGCGCGCGAAACCCUACACGGCUCCCUUCAACAGCUGCUCUACGGCUCUGUCGACAAGGCAGACAGCUACAAAGACGUGACCGAGAGCAAUGUGCUGCGAGACAAGCUUGAGUUCGUUCAGUCUGUCGUCAAAGGCUGGAUCGAAGGGGGGGGCCUAGGUUGCCUCGAGGAACCGAAGAAUUAUGAGUGGAGAGGACCGCAGAUAGCCUCUGAAAACAAACGACAUGACUGGGCGAGCGCGGUAACGAAGCGCGCCGGGCGCAAGAAAGAUGCCGGCGGUUCCAAGCAGGCUGCUGGCGGCGGCCCGAAGGCGGGAUUUACGAAGAAAGCCGUCUUCGAGACCACCAAGAAGAAGGAAGUCGGAGUCUCAGAUCUCACGCUGAUAAGCAAGAUCUCGAACGAGGCCAUCAACGACAAUCUCAAGAAGAGAUUCGAGAAUGCGGAGAUCUACACAUAUAUUGGACAUGUGCUGGUGUCCGUCAACCCUUUCCGAGAUCUGGGCAUAUACACAGAGCAGGUUCUGGAUAGCUACAGGGGGAAGAACAGGCUGGAGAUGCCUCCGCACGUCUUCGCCAUUGCCGAGUCCUCGUACUACAACAUGAAAGCCUACAAGGAGAACCAGUGUGUUAUCAUCUCCGGCGAAUCCGGAGCGGGGAAGACAGAAGCAGCGAAACGGAUAAUGCAGUAUAUCGCGAACGUGUCCGGAGGCAGCAACUCCUCGAUUCAGGAGAUAAAGGACAUGGUGCUGGCCACAAAUCCUUUGCUCGAGUCCUUCGGAAACGCAAAGACGCUCAGGAACAACAACUCCUCGCGAUUUGGAAAGUAUCUUGAAAUCCAGUUCAACGUGCAGGGUGAACCUGUGGGAGCAAACAUCAACAACUACCUCCUCGAGAAGUCGAGAGUAGUGGGGCAGAUCACGAAUGAGCGCAACUUUCACAUUUUCUACCAGUUCGCGAAAGCGGCAUCAUCGAAUUAUAGGGAGACCUUCGGCAUUCAACAACCCCAAUCGUACGUCUACACGAGCCGGUCGAAAUGCUACGAUGUCCAAGGUAUCGACGAUCACGCCGAUUUCAAGGAUACCCUGAACGCCAUGAGAAUAAUUGGGCUGUCUCAGGGCGAGCAAGAUAACAUAUUCCGCAUGCUUUCCGCGAUUUUGUGGCUAGGGAACGUAUCCUUCCAAGAGGACGACUCCGGAAACGCCACUAUUGUCGAUCAAUCAGUAAUCGAUUUUGUGGCCUAUCUUCUGGAGGUGGACGGCGCACACGUCAACAAGGCACUCACCCUGCGCGUUAUGGAGACAAGCAGAGGUGGACGCAGGGGCUCGGUGUAUGACGUUCCUCUCAAUCCAGCUCAGGCGAUGGCAGUAAGAGACGCACUCGCGAAGGGUAUAUACUUCAACCUGUUCGACUGGAUCGUUCAGCGAGUAAAUGUCUCCCUGAAGGCACGAGGCGCGCUUGCCCAUUCGAUUGGCAUUCUGGACAUUUACGGAUUCGAGAUCUUCGAGCGGAACAGCUUCGAACAGCUGUGCAUCAACUAUGUGAACGAGAAGCUCCAGCAGAUCUUCAUCCAGCUAACGCUGAAGGCCGAACAGGAAGAGUACGCUAGAGAACAGAUCAAGUGGACGCCUAUCAAGUACUUCGACAACAAGGUCGUGUGCGAGCUGAUUGAAGAAAAGAGGCCGCCCGGUGUUUUCGCUGCCCUCAACGACGCUUGCGCCACGGCACAUGCGGACCCAACGGCCGCAGAUCAGACCUUUGUUCAAAGGUUGAACGCUCUUUCGUCCAACCCGAACUUCCAACCACGUCAGGGACAGUUCGUCAUCAAGCACUACGCCGGCGAUGUGUCGUACGCCGUGGAUGGCAUGACAGACAAGAACAAGGAUCAACUCCUAAAAGACUUGCUUCUGCUUCUCGGUCAAAGCUCCAAUACCUUCGUUCAUACCCUCUUCCCCCAUCAAGUCGACACCGAUAACAGGAGGAGGCCUCCCACGGCCGGAGACAAGAUUAAAGCUUCUGCUAACGACCUCGUCGCCACUUUGAUGAAGUGCCAGCCGUCCUACAUCCGAACAAUCAAACCAAAUGAGAACAAGUCGCCCACGGAAUACAACACCCCGAACGUCCUCCAUCAAAUCAAAUACCUUGGCCUGCAGGAGAACGUGCGCAUUCGGCGCGCCGGGUUUGCGUCCCGUCAAACCUUCGAAAAGUUCGUGGAACGAUUCUUCCUCCUGUCUCCGAAGUGUUCGUACGCCGGCGAGUACACCUGGACUGGAGACUACGAAACCGGCGCGAAGCAGAUUCUGAGAGACACCAACAUACCCGCCGAAGAAUUCCAGAUGGGUGUAUCCAAAGUCUUUAUCAAGACUCCGGAGACUCUUUUCGCGCUCGAAACGAUGCGAGACCGCUAUUGGCACAACAUGGCUAUCCGCAUCCAACGUGCUUGGAGGAACUAUUUGCGUUAUCGGACCGAAUGUGCCAUUCGAAUACAGAGGUUCUGGAGGCGAGUCAACGGCGGUAUGGAAUUCAUCCAGCUCCGCGAUCAAGGUCACAAGGUCCUUCAGGGCCGCAAAGAGAGGAGAAGAUAUAGCUUGCUCGGGUCGCGCAGAUUCAUGGGCGACUAUCUCGGCAUUGGGAACAGAGGCGGACCAGGCGAGGUGAUAGCAAACGCAAUCGGCAUUUCAAGCAAUGAGGAGGUUCCCUUCUCCUGCAGGGCUGAAAUGUUGGUUUCUAAACUUGGUCGCUCGAGCAAGCCCGAGCCUCGGACUCUUAUUCUGACGAAGCGGAACGUCUACUUGGUGAAACAGGUUAUGGUCAACCGGCAGAUUCAGAUCCAAGCUGAGAGAACAAUACCCGUGGGAGCCAUCAAGUUCAUCAGCACCUCAACGUUGAAGGAUGACUGGUUCUCUAUCGGCGUAGGGUCGCCACAAGAGCCUGAUCCACUGGUUAAUUGCGUGUUCAAGACCGAAUUCUUCACGCAUCUGACGAAUGUGCUCCGCGGCUCGUUAAAUCUGAGGAUUGGAGACACAAUCGAGUACAACAAGAAACCCGGAAAACCCGCGCAGGUUAAGGUGGUCAAGGAUCCGGCGGUCACGAGGGACGACAUGUACAAGAGUGGUACCAUACAUACUGGUCCUGGCGAGCCACCUAACUCGAUUUCGAGACCCACGCCUAAAGGGAAGCAAGCUGCCGCCAAACCAAUCACGAAAGGCAAGCUACUGCGUCCCGGGGGUCCGGGUGGGGGUCCUUCGAAGCUUGCCAGCCGUCCUGCGCAGCCUAGGCAUACAACUCAACCGAAGCCCUUACCUCAGCCAGUCGCCGCGUUGUCGAACGGUACCACUCACGCACGCAAUGCGUCGUCAUCCUCCAGCCGGGCGCCGCCUCCACCCCCACCUGCAGCACCGCCUGCUCCCAAGGAGCCCACUUAUCGCGUCCUGUACGACUUCUCAGGGCAAUCCAACGGCGAGCUCAGUAUCACGAAGGGUGAGAUUAUAUUGGUCACCCAGAAAGAGGGCAACGGUUGGUGGCUCGCGAGCCGAUUAGACAAGUCUGCUUCCGGAUGGGCACCGUCUGCAUACUUGGAAGAGGUGCUUAACAGGCCAGCUCCUCCGCCAGCCCCACCCGCACCUCCAGCACGGCCCGCUGCUAACGGAGUCCGUGCCAAGGCCACGCCCCCAGCUCCGCCUGCCAAACGGCCAGCAGCGAAGAGACCCGCUGCCGCAACCCCGGCGCGGGACAGCGGUUAUUCUGGGAGCGGAGCUAGCAGCUCGGAUGUUGGCGCUAGAGACAGCGGAGGAAGCAUUGCUGGCGGCCUGGCAGAAGCGCUGAGACAGAGGCAGGCGGCUAUGCAUGGGAGGAAGGCGCAGGAUAACGGCUGGGGCUAA